AUGGUCUUUUUAAAUAUGGGCGGGCCGUCGACUACGGCCGAAGUUGGCGACUUCUUGAGCAGGCUUUUUGCAGAUGGUGACUUAAUACCUCUCGGCCGCCUUCAAUCAUAUCUUGGCCCGCUGAUCUCUCGUCGACGAACGCCGAAGAUCCAAAAACAAUAUGCAGAAAUUGGCGGAGGGUCUCCAAUCAGAAAAUGGUCCGAAUACCAGUGCGAGGAGAUGUGCAAGAUACUUGAUAGAAUAUCACCGGAAACCGCGCCGCAUAAGCCAUAUGUCGCGUUCCGGUAUGCUGCCCCAUUAACUGAAGAGAUGUAUGCCCGGCUCCUCGAUGACGGCUUCGGAAGAGGGAACGGCGGUCGGGCAGUAGCGUUCACGCAAUACCCCCAGUAUUCCUGCUCGACGACAGGCAGUUCGCUGAAUGAAUUAUGGAAAUGGAGAAACCGACUAGAAGGAAAACGUGGCAAUGACGGCGUAGAGCCUGCUGGCGCUAUACAAUGGAGUGUGAUUGAUCGGUGGCCGACACACCCCGGUUUAGUGGAGGCCUUCGCACAGAACAUCGAGGCACAGUUGAAGACAUACCCCGAGGAACGAAGGCACGAUGUUGUUCUCCUUUUCUCGGCACAUAGCUUACCGAUGAGUGUUGUGAACAGAGGGGACCCAUAUCCCUCAGAGGUAGCGGCUACAGUCCAUGCAGUCAUGCAAAGACUCAAGUUUUCGAAUCCAUAUCGCCUCUGCUGGCAAUCUCAAGUUGGGCCGUCGGCCUGGCUGGGAGCACAAACCAGCCACACGGUAGAAAACUAUGUCAAGCGUGGGCAAACGGAUCUUUUACUGAUCCCCAUUGCAUUCACCAGCGACCAUAUUGAAACGCUGUAUGAAUUAGACUUAGAAGUCAUCAAAGAUGCUGACUCUCCAGGCGUGAAACGCGUGGAGAGUUUGAAUGGCCAUCCCGUCUUUAUUGAAGGACUGGCAAACCUCGCAGCACAGCAUCUGCGCAGUGGCGAUAACUGUUCGCGACAAAUGACUCUGAGAUGCCAGGGGUGCACGAGCGACCGGUGUCUGCAUCAAAAGAAGUUCUUUGGCGGGUCGCAGUACGGGGAUCUUGUACAAUAG